CUGUAUAUAUAACACUUACAUCUUCUUGGAUCCUCUCCUAAACAUACCUCCUUUCUAUCGUUCUCUCUAAAGAAUAAGUCUUCGAUCUUUCUUCACGUCAUGGGAAACUAUGCUUCUUCCGCUCUAAGCAAAACCUCGUCCUCUUCAUCGGCGGCGAGAGUGAUUCUCCCGGACGGUGAAGUCCGUCACAUUCACGAACCAACUAAAGCCGCAGAGCUUAUGAUGGAGAUUCCCAGCUUCUUCCUCGUCGACGCCAAGUCGUUAAAAAUAGGACGUAAGCUCAACCCUUUAGCCGCCGAUGACGAUCUUGAACUCAAAGGCUGUCACGUCUACGUAACUUUCCCCAUGACGCGUGCCACGUCAGCAGCUAACGCUUCGGACAUGACUAGGUUAUUCCUAGCCGCCAAGAAACAGCAACGCCGCCGAGUUGGUAACAAAUCUUCCCGUGACGGAACAGCCGUGAAGCAUUGUCACAACGGAAGGGUGUCGCCGGACGGAGAAGUGGGGGACGUUGGGGUGAUAACGGCGGGAUCGAAGCUGAGUUUAGAAGAUAUCGAAGAGUUUUCGGCGGCGGAGUUUAUGCAUAGGAUCUCUAUUUCGAAAUCCAAGAAGCCAAAGUUAGAAACUAUAGAUGAAGAAUCUUUGUGUUAACGUACACAAAAUCAAACAAAAAUGGAAAUUUGAUUUUU